AUGGCCAAUAUAGCAGCUCAGACGCUUAUAGGUGCAGCACAGACAGCUGCCCAAUUUGCUCCAGUACCAUGGCUUGGAGCCGCUACGGGCUUAUUGGUCGCAAUAGUCAACAUGUUGGCGAAAGCAGAAGCAAAUAAAAAUGGCAUCGUUCUGCUUCAAGAUCGCUGCCUGAGUCUCAUGGUCAUGAUCAAAAAUGAGGGGCAGAACUUGCCCCCGGAUCAACAAGCUAGACUGUGUUCGGGUGCCCAGGGCACCCUUCAAAAUAUUCUGGACAAAAUGGAGCCGUGGUGCUGCAUGUCCAAGGUCAAGCUGUUCGUCAAACAGGACGAGCUGGCUGCUACUAUUCAGCAAUGUCACGUAGAUAUUUCCGAUUGCUUGGUGAAGCUACAGGUCACCUCCCACCUAUCAAUCCAUGCAUGGCAGGCCAACUUUGAGUUGAGUCGUACACGAGACAAGGAAGACAUCAUGCAAUAUCUGGGUGACAUCAAGAACCAGCAGGAGCUCAUAGCUUUCACACAGAUGCAGCAGGCGGCAGAACUUCAUCAGAUCAUGACGCUGAUGCAGAAGAAUCUUCCGGGUCAGGUUCCAACUACAGACCGUGGUAUGGAAAGCAACCUGUAUCACAUACAACAUUCGUCACACUCCCUUUUGCCGAACAUGAACCUCAAGCGGGGUGAAGUGAAGCGCAUCGGGCAGUAUGCCGUCAAGGGAACAGGAUCGGCGGAUAUAUGGGAAGGCUACUAUCUGAAUGAGGAAAAGGUGGCCAUCAAAAUCCUACGUGCCGUUCACUGUGACCCUCAGACGUUGCGGAGGUUCAAGAGAGAAGUAGAUAUCUGGAAACGCGUGUGGGAAGCCGACCGCGGAGAGCAUAUCCUUCCUUUCUACGGUUUCUGUCAAAACGAUGGGCCUUUCCCGUACGUUGUAAGUCCAUGGAUGGUCAACGGCACAGUGGACGAGUAUAUAAAAAAGUACCCCACCGUAGAUCACAUUGCUCUGAUCAAGGGUAUUUGCGAGGGUGUGAACGUCCUGCAUAGCAUGACACCCCCGAUCGUGCACGGUGACCUCAAAGGGUCCAACAUCGUUGUCGACAGUAACGGGAAUGCACUGUUAGCCGAUUUCGGGUUCGCUAAGGUCUUGGAAGACGUCACGGGUGUUAAUUUCACGAUGUCUGCGGGAGUUUCGAAUUCGCAAAGGUGGCUUGCGCCAGAGCUCUGCUGUGAUGGUGGCAUGCUUACAACCCAAUCUGACAUUUUCGCGUAUGGUAUGACUAUACUCGAGAUCAUGACUCAUGAAGUCCCGUGGCACAAAAUCCGCCACACGACGCACGUCAUCAUUAAACUUUCUAAAGGGGAAAUGCCCCCACGCCCCGAAGAUCCCUCCGUCAGCGCAAGGGGCCUGGACGACAAUCUAUGGUGGUUGGUUCAAAGGUGCUGGUCAGCCCCUGAGAGGAGACCCUCAACGAGAGAAAUUCUCGCUCUGUUCGGAUAA